AUGAGGGGUCAGGCGUGGCUAAAAGGCAACGGGCCGGAGUCCGUCGGGAUAUCCACUGCAUCCCCGGCGCCAACAUCUUCAGCCCCGCUUCAAAGCAUGGAUGACGCCGCCUCGGCAUAUGGUUCCAAGACCGGAGAAUUCGGGGAUCAUUCACAACGGCUAAGCGGAUAUCUGCCCAAAUGGGGAACAGAUGCCCGCGCACAUUCGACAUCAGCUCAGUUGGAUGGAAUCAGGGGCCCUAUACCAUUGGAAGGUCGGGGUGACUCGAAGCACACGACUGGGGGCGCCGUCUCCACGACUUGGCAACUUCCCGUGCGAGGUUCUUUUGACUGCUUAUGCACCGAUAGACAGAAAUCAGAUGAGUAUGUUGUGGCUAGGCCCACCCAGAACGGGCCAUUGCAUCUAGCAUUGCAUCUAGCUCAGUCUUGCGGUGGGAUGAAUGGCCGGGAGAAGACAGCGAUUCUGCCCAGAACACGUGGAGAGACCGCUGAGUUGUGUGGAGUUGCCGCAGAUCAGUCACCGGUACCGAAGAUCGACCCGACGUCAAUCGUUGCUAGAAGAGGGUGGCAGCUUGCCGGUCUGGCGAUCACCGUUUACAUCUAG